AUGGAGGAGUACUAUGAUCAGGAUUUUUUUGACAUAGACCAACUGCUAAAUGAGGGACCAGUUGAGUACAACAUAGAUGAUGAGAGCAUGGAUGAAGACAGUGAGGGGGACAGCAGUGCAGAGGAACAUCAGGCUGAGGCACAACCAACAAGUAGAAAGCAAUUAACAAUGCAGCAAAAAUGCCAAAUUGUUGAUGACUUCCUACUGCACAUGCAUGGUGGGGAACUACCCAGAGGGUGUUUGUCACAAAUGGCAAGAAAAUAUAAAAUUUACAGAAGCACAUCAAUGAGGGUCUGGCAGUUUGUAAAACAAAGUAUAGCACAAGGGAAUGUCAUUGAUGUCAGAAGCAAAAAAUUGGGGAAAACAAGACCCAAACCCAGAAUUAUUACAGAUGAGUACUUGCAAUCAGUGCCUCUAUACAAAAAGACAACAGAGAGGAGUUAUGCAGCUGCUCUGAAAGUAUCACAUGGAUACCUUCAUAGCUUGAAGAAAAAGGGUAGAUUAAGAACACAUACAAGCGCCAACCAUCUAGCACUCACAUCAAAUCACAAAGUGGCAAGACUCAAGUGGGCAUUAGCCCAUAUUUACCCUAUCCCAGCAGUUGGAGAUCCAACUUUCAUUGAUAUGCAACAAGUUAUACAUAUAGAUGAAAAAUGGUUCUAUAUGAACCCAGAAACAAGGAGAUUCUACCUCUUACCAAAGGAAGAAAACCCAUAUAGAUGUCAGCAGUCCAAGAGGUAUAAGAUUAAGGCUAUGUUCAUGGGGAUGAUUGGUAAGCCCCUCUAUGACAGAAGUGGCAAUAUGCUACAUGAUGGUAAGUAUGGAAUGUUUCCAUUCACUUACCAGCAAAGGGCUAAGAAGAAAAGCAAGAACAGAGAUGCAGGGGUCAUGGAGACAAAGGUUGUGCAAAGUGUGACCAAAGAAGAAAUCAGGAAAAUGCUCAUGACCAACAUCAUUCCAGCUAUACACAGGCAAUGA